UUUCCCUCCUCCUGCUGCGUGAAUCUAACGGAAAGGUGGAUCACUAUUCCAGUCGCGUCUCCAUGCGCGUUAUUCCCCUGGAUGUACAAUGAAUAUACAAUACCACUGUGGACUUUACGACGCGAAACAUUCUUUCAGUCCUUGAUACUUCUUUUUUCUGCCUCUUCUUUUCUUCUUUAAUUUCUGUUAAAGAAACGGACCACCUCAGCUGAUCUUCCCGGGACAAACUUGUGGAGCUAUCCCUACAAUCAAACGGAUCAUUUUGGAAUUUUGGAAGCGUUCCACCUACGUAUAACCUUCAAGAUGGAUGGACAGUGUUACUAUAACGAAAGCAUCGCCUUCUUUUACAACCAAAGCGGGAAGUACCUGGCCACAGAGUGGAAUACUGUCAGCAAACUGGUGAUGGGACUCGGGCUUACAGUAUGUAUCUUUAUCAUGCUUGCUAACUUGCUGGUGAUGGUGGCCAUCUACAUCAACCGCAGAUUUCAUUUCCCCAUCUAUUAUCUCAUGGCUAACCUAGCAGCAGCGGAUUUUUUCGCCGGACUGGCUUAUUUCUAUUUGAUGUUUAACACGGGGCCCAACACACGCCGGCUAACUGUUAGCACGUGGUUGCUACGGCAGGGCCUCAUCGACACGAGCCUGACGGCCUCCGUGGCCAACUUGCUGGCCAUUGCCAUCGAGCGCCACAUCACAGUCUUCCGCAUGCAGCUCCACACCCGCAUGAGUAACAGACGGGUGGUUGUGGUCAUCGUGAUCAUCUGGACUAUGUCGAUUGUCAUGGGUGCCAUACCUAGCGUGGGCUGGAACUGUAUCUGUGCCAUCAAAACCUGCUCCAACAUGGCGCCACUCUACAGCAACUCGUACCUCGUGUUCUGGGCCGUCUUCAACCUGGUGACCUUUGUGGUCAUGGUGGUGCUUUAUGCCCACAUAUUCAUGUACGUCCGCCAGCGCACCAUGAGAAUGUCGCGCCACAGCUCAGGUCAGCGGCGCAACAGGGACACCAUGAUGAGCUUGCUGAAGACGGUGGUGAUUGUCCUUGGUGCGUUUAUCGUCUGCUGGACGCCUGGCUUGGUUCUCCUCCUGCUUGACGUUUUCUGCGAAGAUUGCAACGUGCUGGCUUUCGAGAAGUUCUUCCUCCUCUUAGCCGAGUUCAACUCGGCCAUGAACCCCAUCAUCUACUCCUACCGGGACAAGGAGAUGAGCGUUACAUUCAAGCAGAUCCUGUGCUGUCAGCGGCAGGAAAACAUAAACGGUACGGUGGAGGGUUCAGACCGCUCGGCUUCCUCGUUUAACCACACUGUUCUGUCACCACACAAUAAUGACCACUCUGUGGUCUGAACACAGCAGACAAACACAGCUGGCACUAUCGGGAUCAAACCCAGGACUGGAUACGGCUCCUUGCCCAGUGGCGGAGCUACACAGGAGGCAUUUGCAUUACCAAAAAAUAAAUAAAAAAAAAGAACUAUUUUGGAGGGUUUUGUUUAUUUUUAUAUGUGUUCGGUUUUUUUGGUGACACUAUAUUAAGUAUUUAAUAACUGAUUUACAGUGUUAACAGUCCAGGCAAUAUAAUGUUGAUUUCCAAAAAAUGGUAAUUGUUAGGACAAGUAUUCAUAAAUUUCGAUUUUUUUCUUUUUUGUUGUGCAACCCAGUAAUUCCUGGGUAUCCUCAGUAUUAAUGAAAAUCCUAGUAAUCUUUUUGCUUCGGCUUUUGCACUAUAGAGAUAAGCAGUGCACUCUUGAGACCACUGAUUAACGGAGCAAUUUCGUUGCCGGCUAAUCUGAAGAUGUCUAUCUCAUUAGGCCUGUGGCAUCACCUACGUAUCACUACACUUGUAUACAAGCUACAAGACUAUAUCCUAAGGACAUCUAGAAUAAAAAAAGAAAAUGAAUGGUAAAUUCCUUAAAAAAUAAAUAAAUAAACAAAUCUUGAAUCACCUGAAGCUGACGUGGCAUGAUGGAUUGUUCUUAGGUUUUUUCCACCGUGAUCAUUUUUCAUUUGAGGACCUUCUCAGUAUCAUCCAGUUCUGAGUUAGGUAUCUCUUCAUGGUUUCUUUUCUUUUGUUUUUCUUUUUUUGUGGUAUUUUUUUUUGUUUUGUUUGUUUUUUACAACGACCACUUACAUAGAUGAGCCAUUUCUUUUCAGGGAAUCCAAUUCAUGGACUGCCACCACAUUCUAAAGUCACAAAUGCCCUUAUUUUUUUUAUAUUUUCAAAAAGGUUUGGGAUUUCUUGAGGACUUUGAGGACUUUCAGGUUUCUUUAAUAAAUGGCUGUCACUUUGCUAACAAACAUAACAUGAGUAUACACACACACAUACACACACACACACACACACACACAAACUAAUCUUAGUAUGAACUGACAGUAAGAAUGGGAGAGACCAGCUUUCCUGAGAACCUUCUUCAUGGUCCUGUGUUUGUGUGAUAUUGCUUCUACCCAGCUUCCAGGGUCUAAUCGAUUUUUUUGUGCCACAGUCAUAAGCGACCAUGAAAUGUGUGAAAAUCUUGUGACAUGGCAUAAGGGAACUGAAAUGAUGAGUGUAUGUUGGUCUGUAUGUACAGUAUGUAUAUAAUAUAUGUAUAUAUUCAAUGUUAGUCAAAAAGGGAAUCUUUAUUUUUAAGGACUUUUUUUUUUAUCUCAGUUGUAUCCUGCUUAACACUUAAAUUAUUUUUUAUUGUUUAACUUGGGGGCAAGUGUACUUAGUUAUUUCCCAUUGAUUAAUCCGAAGACCUGUUUAGCAGUACAUGGAGCGAUCGUUCCUGCGAAUGGUUUCGAAUAGAGCAGAUACUAACAUUGCUAAUCAAAAUAACCGUAAACAUUUCAUAUGAGGCCUACAGUUAAAAGUAGGUUGUUUUUUGUUUGGGUAAGGCAUGCGAUUGACUUGAAAUAUAGAAGGAAAAAGUUCCUGCAUAUACUGUAAUUGGGCCAUAUUGCUGUUUCCUGCUUAACCUCAGUCAUGGACUGUUAUUUUAUUUCCUUCCAUUUUUACAAUUUAACCUAAAAAAAAAAAUUACAUACAUUUUCCAUGAUGUUUAUUACAUAUGAUUUUAUUUUCACCCAAAAUAUUUGUCUUUUUUUUUCUCCCACGCUCAUGCCUGACGUCUGUAUGAGUCACCUAAACUCAUUAUAAUUCAGUCUGACAGUCUUUUUUAAAAUAAACUUGUAUGAUAUCAAA